AGGUAAAAUUUCAGCCAAGACAUGGACCCAUCUACUCGGGUGGUGGGUCUGGAUGCCCAAGGGAACAUGGUUUUUACAGUAGUAAAGCCAGUUAUGGGCAUCUUUCAGGUAUCUUCAGAACAAGCAAACAGCGUAGCACAAGGGGGCAUGGGCCUACAGGGUUUAUCAGAAAACACGCUGGUCCUCCCUCAAAUACAAGGCCAGGCUCCACUCGACCAGAACCAGGUGGAAAUACAGACCAUACAGUCUCAUAUUCAGCCCCAGAUGCAGGUUUCUGCCCAAGUCCUGACUGAGGAUGUGUCUCAGAGUCAGGAGCUGCCAACAAACUCAAGCAUAAAUUCAGAGGCAGGCACCCAGAUGCCAUUUGCAGAGGUGUCGUCACUCCUGGAUCCCAACAUGAAAGGAUCAAAGGCUAGAAAAUAUCUCAUCUCGUAUGAUGAAAUUAAACGGCGCCUGCAGGCCCCAGAGAAGAUGUCCCUGCGUUCCUUGGCAGCAUACACUCGGGUCAGCAGAGGUCCAGCCAGCAAGAAAACACUUCUGGAAUCGCUUAAUCUCCUCGGCCUCACGCCAAGCACAACUACCUCUGUAUCCUCCUCGUUUUCCAAACUGACUGAAGGCGACACCGGGGCUUUGUGUGAGGAUAUGAAAGACUUUGCCCAAGAUUUCAUUGACUACGCUAACAUGGCUAAGCAGCUCAUCCCUGAGACAAAUACAGUUCAACACUGGUCCAAAAUUAUUGAAACUAAGAACCACCUUGAGGAUAUGAGAAAAUGUUUCAAGGACCCAGUCAACAGUGGUGCGUUUGACAAUGUCACUCAUGGCCUUGGUCUGGGAAUGUUGGAUGUUGCGUUGGACAUGAUCAUUAUGGUAAUUGAACAGCAGAUUCGAAUCUUGUCUGGUGCGGCAGCAUCAGACCCAACUGACCCUGGUCCACUGAUGCGGCGCAUCCGCAGGCGCCACCGCAAAACUCGCUCAACAGACAGUGAGGUGCCUCACAAGGUGUCUGGAGGGGUCAAAGAGCAAGGGAAGGUCAUUUCAAAAGGCAAGGGGCGAGGCAAAGUCAGGAAGAAAAGACAAGAAACUGAAGCCGUUGCUUCUGUGGAAACCCAAGCAGAGCUGGGUAAGCCAGAUGACGUGGAAGGUAAUGUUCUUACUCUGGUCUCUGUGGGAUAUGAGACUGUCUCUAAUGGUCUCAGUGCAGCCGGAACAGUUUGACAUCUGGUCACAUGAGAGAGCAUCUCAUUCAUAGGGAUGCUCAGUUAUGGGACAUGAAAUCUGCUCAUGCUGGCCUGCAUGGAGGUCACACAAUAUCACAUUGGAUAAAUCCCUUUUCUAUUUCCUCCUUUAUUGCUCUGUGAUCCUCGCUCCACCAGGAAGUCGCUCUGGUCCACCACCUCGAAGGACUUCCCAGUGCUCUUAUACUUGCUCUGAUGAGUGAGGAAUGAGGAGGCUGCCUGGAGGAGCCAUGACCAAAGAUACAAGAGACCGCUUUCAUAGACGUCUUUUCUUGGUUGGUACACCGCUUUAUCAAAAAUCAUUUGGUGAUCGGAUAGUUCAGAUUAAGGAUCAGUGGAAAGGGUGUCUUGUGUCUCUAAAAAUAUGUUUCCUUGAUUUGUUUUUCCUCGCAUUUAUUCCUCACAUCUUACAUAGGCAGGACAAAGACAAAGAAAAGACGCGAGCGAAGUGUGGAUGCACUUAAGGGAAUUGGGAUGUGCCAAUAGUAAAAGAGCCCACUUAAUGGCAGUAACUUAACAUGUUAGCUUUCUUGCUGAGUUAGAUGAGAAUGUUUGACGCUGUCGUGUCUGUGUGGUAACUAGCUGGAGCCAGCAGCUGGUCAGCUAGAGCAGCUUUGCAUGGACUGGUAAUCGGGGAGCAGCUAGCCUGGCUGUGUCUAAAGCUAAGCUAACCAGUUACUGCAACAUGUUUACUAUUUAGAUAUUAGACUGGUAUCAACCUUAUCUAACUUGGCAAGAAAGUUAUUAAGCACAUUUCCCCAAAAUGUUGAACUAUUCCUUUAAGUGAAUCCUCUGUUUCAAUAGUAGCAGAGUUUGUAUGUACUUAGACAUCCGAUUAAAUCACCCAUGUAAUAUUUUUUUCAUCCUACGCUUUCAGUGAAUAAACAAACUGAUAUGUGAUACAUUGUCUUCUGUUUCUCUGUGGUA